AGCAGGUCUGACUCGGGAUAUUUCCCAGUCCUGAAAUUUAUUCCUGUUCUUCAGGCUAAAAUGGGAAUUUGUGGUUUUGUGCUUUGUCUAGUCAUCACUACAUGUUUGUGGAAGGCAUCCAUUCAAGGAGAGCAUCAGAGGAGGCUGUAUCGAGACCUCAUGAAAGAUUACAACCCUCUAGAGAGACCCGUGUUUAACGACACCCAGUCGCUCACCGUCAACUUCAGCUUCAGCUUGAUGCAGAUCAUGGACGUGGAUGAGAAGAAUCAAGUUCUCACAACAAACAUAUGGCUGCAGCUGUACUGGGUCGAUCAUUACCUUAAAUGGAACGUCUCGGAAUAUCCCGGUGUGACGAGCGUCCGAUUUCCCGAUAGCCAGAUUUGGAAACCUGACAUCCUCCUUUAUAACAGUGCGGAUGAGCGAUUCGAUGCCACCUUUCACACCAACGUGCUAGUCAGCUCCAACGGCGCCUGCCAAUACUUACCACCAGGUAUUUUUAAAAGCACGUGUCAUAUUGACGUGCGGUGGUUUCCCUUCGAUGUUCAGCGGUGUGACCUGAAGUUCGGCUCAUGGACGUACGGCGGCUGGUCUCUGGACCUGCAGAUGAUCGAGGCGGACAUCACGGGCUAUAUAGCCAAUGGAGAAUGGGACCUUGUAGAGGUUCCAGGCCGUAGAAACGAAAGGUUCUACGACUGCUGUAAAGAACCGUACCCGGAUGUGACGUUCACCGUGGUGAUGCGCAGAAGGACGCUGUACUACGGUCUUAACCUGCUCAUCCCAUGCGUUCUUAUCUCUACACUGGCUCUACUCGUCUUCCUCUUACCUGCAGAUUCGGGCGAGAAGAUCUCCCUCGGAAUCACAGUUUUGCUCUCACUGACUGUGUUUAUGCUUCUGGUGGCUGAAAUCAUGCCUGCGACGUCAGACUCUGUGCCUUUAAUCGCCCAGUAUUUUGCCACUACCAUGGUUAUUGUCGGGCUGUCAGUGAUAGCAACCGUUUGGGUCCUGCAGUACCACUACCAUGAUCCUGAUGGAGGAAAAAUGCCAAGAUGGACGCGGGUGGUCCUGGUGAACUGGUGCGCGUGGUUCUUGCGGAUGAAAAGGCCGGGUGAGGAGCGAGUGCGCUCAGCGUGCCACGACAAACGUCCACGCAGCAGCCUCUCCAGCGUGGAGCCCUCCAAUGGAAACGUUCUCUACAUGGGCCUGCGUGGUAUGGAGAGCCUGCCCUGUGCCACGUCGCCUGACUCGGGUGUAGUGUGCGCCCGCCUCAUGGGCACAUCCGAAGAGGCUCCGUCAGUGAGCAGCGGUCAGGGAGACACAGAGCUGUCCAAGAUCCUGGAUGAGGUGCGCUAUAUUACCAAGAGAUUCCAUGACCAGGAUGAGGAGGAGUCUUUGUGCAGCGAGUGGAAGUUUGCUGCAUCAGUUAUCGACCGCUUGUGUCUCAUGGCCUUUUCGAUGUUCACCGUCCUCUGCACCAUCGGCAUCCUCAUGUCGGCUCCUAAUUUCAUCGAAGCCAUUUCCAAAGACUUUUUCACUUAAGCACCGUGUGAGUGCUGCUUCCUGGUGUUGUUAGAGUUUCUUGCAGAGUAAGAGGUGCAGUUUGGCCAAAAUGAAAUUCAUGCAAUUAUUCAAUCAAUAAUUGAAAUCAGUUAACAGAUACAGCACUGUAGCUUCUCAUACUUAUACCUAAAUGAGCAAACUUUUUAAAUUCAAUUUUAUUUGUGUUGUGUAUCGCUUUUAACAAUGAUUAUUGUCGCAACGCAGCUUAACCGAAUCAAGACAGCAGAUUUGUCUUC